UCGAAACGAAGCUUCAUCUUCCUCAGCAUAUAAAAAGAAGGUUAGAUCUCCCGCUGCGUUCAAUCAAUCUCUCUGAUCAAAGCAAAUAGCAAAGGAAAAUGGAGACUCCUCCGCCCCACCUCGAGAAAAUGGGCAGAGAACUCAAGUGCCCCAUCUGUUUGAGUCUACUGAGUUCUGCGGUUUCACUCAAUUGCAAUCAUCUCUUCUGCAACGCUUGCAUUGUGAAGUCGAUGAAAUCGGGUUCCAAUUGUCCUGUUUGUAAAAUUCCAUAUCGGCGUAGGGAGGUUCGCCCGGCUCCUCACAUGGAUAAUUUGGUUAGUAUUUACAAGAGCAUGGAAGAUGCUUCGGGAAUUAAUAUAUUUGUCACUCAGAAUGCACCCUCAACUAAAUCAUCAGAGGAGAUACGAUGCAGCACAACAGUACUGUUGAAUUACGGAAAACAGCAAGCUGAAGAUGAUUUUAGCCAUGGCGAGCAUGAUCUUCCCGAGUUUCAGGAUAGAGCACAGAAACAGAAAACCAUAAGAGGAAAAGGAUCCAGGAAUGCUAAGGCCAACCUGAAAAGUUCUGGUUCUAUUUCAAUCAAACCUUCAUUUCCAAACAAGAAAAGGGUUCAGGUUCCACAGUGUCCUAUUUCAGAAACCCCAACUCGCCAUCAAAAGUUAGAAGGUGAUUUAAUGGCUGAUCGAGCUAAGCAGAGUUCAAAAACACUAAAGGAGAAGCCUGUUCUAAAUGAAAAGGGAGAACCGGUGCUGUCACCUUUCUUUUGGUUGAAUGACAAAGAUGUAGAAAGUUUGAGUCAGUUUUCUGUCGGUGAUCAACUUACCGAUCUUCCAUCUCCAAAUGUUCCCGCAUUCAGUGAUAUCAAAGACUCAGAUGAUGAAAACUCUGUUAGAUUGACCCAACCGGGGGAAGUGCACGGUACAUCUUCUCAUGCUGCAGAUUUAUUUGAUAGUGAGAUUUUUGAAUGGACACAAAUACCUUGCUCUCCUGAACUCUUCCCAAGUCCUCCUAAGAUGCAGGUUGGAGAGGAUGACAACGAUAGAGUUCAAUUGAAGGAAUUAAAAGAAGUUUCACAAAACAAGAAAUCAGUUGAGCUUUCUGCUAAAAGUGCAAGGUCUAAAAGAAACAAAAAAAGUACUGGAAAUAUGGAUUUUCUGCCAGAUCUUCCAGCUGCUGGAACUAAAGCUGUUACUAAUGAAUCUGACAAGCGAGGUAGGAAGGCAAAGAAUCUCACCAAAAGAAAGUGUGCUACAAGACAUACAGAUCCAGGAACAGAUAUUAAUGCCACUUUGAAGGGAUCUGAGGUAUUUUAUGAAGGACAAGCAUGUGAGAAUUACGGUAGUUCUUUGGCCAAGUCUCGCAAAAGAAGUAAGAAGGAACAUUCAUCUGUUGUUGUAACCAAGCCCACAUCUGAAAAUGUUCAUGUCCUCUCUACCAGAGCUGAUAGUCGAAUUAAUGGUGAAGAAAAUGGGAUAACUGCAUCACCUACUUCAUUGGGAAAGAAUGCAGGCGGUGAUGAACCGUCCAGUAAGAAAGCUGGAAAAAUGUGUAGGGAGGUCAAUGACAAGAACAAGAUUGACCGCCCAGUGAGGUCAAAAAAACAAAAGAUGGUCUCCAUGCAAAAGACAAUGCUUGAGGCAUCAGAAAUACAGAAGCAAGCAAAUAAGGAUACUCCUACUGAGUUGUCUCUUAUAAAUCUUCCUACAGAUGAUAACCAGAAAGCCUCCGAAUCCUGGACUAAUUCCAGAAAACUUGCUAGAAAAGCCAAGUUGGGUGAUCAAGAGCUGAAAAGGAACAAAAAGGUGAAAGUUUCUUCUGAUGACAACUCAAGGGACGAUACUUCUGUUGGGAUUGGAGAAGGUCAUGGGCAUGUUAAUGAAAAUGGAAAUCAACCUGCUGAGAAGAGCAAGGGAAAUUGUAAUGUUACAACUAAUCAGUCACCAGUGCAGAAGCUUCCUUCAUUGACAAAGAAUGUGGUCUUGAAGAGAUGUGAAGCCAUUCCUAGUAAAAUACAAUGUGCUUUCUGUCUUUCAUCAGAAGAAUCAGAGGCUUCUGGAGAGAUAGGUCACUACUAUAAUGGCAAGCCUGUCGCUGCGGAUCACAAUGGAGGACUCAAGGUUAUACAUGCACACAGGAUCUGCGCUGAAUGGGCUCCCAAUGUCUACUUUGAAGAAGAUACUGCUAUUAAUCUUGAAGCUGAAUUAACUAGGAGUCGUAAAAUUAAAUGUUCUUGCUGCGCAAUUAAAGGAGCAGCUCUUGGGUGCUAUGAGAAGAGUUGUUGUAGGAGCUUUCAUGUAACCUGUGCAAAGUUGAUGCCUCAAUGUCGAUGGGAUACUGACAAUUUUGUUAUGUUAUGCCCUCUUCAUGCCUCCUUGAAGUUGCCAAAUGAAAGUCCUGAAUCUCAAGCAACGAGGAAGAAAAGCAAUCCUAAAAAACAACCUAAUGUUGAAUGUCCUAAAGUUGCUGCUAAACAACACAGCAAUAACCCUCCAGAUCAGAAGUUUUGUGGACCGUCCAAGAAAUUGGUUCUUUGUUGUUCAUCCCUCACAAAUGCAGAGAGGGAGUCUGUCUCUGGAUUUGAAAGAUUAUCUGGACUUACGGUUUUGAAGAAUUGGGAUUCUAAUGUUACACAUGUUAUUGCGUCGACAGAUGAAAAUGGAGCAUGCAGAAGGACCCUCAAAGUUUUGAUGGGUAUCUUGGAGGGGAAGUGGAUCCUGAAUGUGGAGUGGAUUAAUGCUUGCACAGAGGCCAUGAAACUAGUUGAUGAGGAGCCUUAUGAAAUCAACAUCGACAUUUAUGGAAUCAGGGAUGGUCCUCGACUUGGUAGACUAAGGCCGCAGAACAAGCAACCAAAGCUUUUUGAUGGAUUCAAGUUUUACUUCAUGGGAGACUUUAAGCCUUCAUACAAGGGGUAUCUACAAGACCUUGUAAUAGCUGCUGGAGGAACGAUUCUGCAAAGAAAGCCUGUUCCAGAGGGCCCAAAAGCCUUGUCAGCCGGUUCCCCCAAAUGUCAAACCUACAUAAUUUACAGCCUUGAGCUACCCGAUCAAUGUCAUCGUAGCAAGAAGAGUACCAUUUUCAGCACUAGGCAGGCUGAUGCAAAGGCUUUGGCCAGUUCCGCUGGAGCCAUGGCAGUGAGCAAUUCAUGGGUUUUAAACUCCAUUGCUGCCUGCAAGUUACAAAAUCUUUCUGAUUUCGAAUAGUAUACAUACUGCAGAAGUCCUGUAAAUGUUUAGAACUUCUCCAGAAUCCAGUUCUUAUUUCAAUUUAGUUACUUUGUGGUUCUGUUAAACUGUAAACAUAAAUGAUUAUGUAAUACUUCGUUGCUUCCAAUCAAUUUUGGCUUUCAAUCCUU